AUGGUGGGGCUUGUUGUUAACCGGGGAUUCUGCUCCAGAGCGAUCCUGAUCGCCGCCGUAACCAGGGGUUCCUUCGCCUCCGUCGCUUCCACCUCGAUCGGCAAUUUCUCGACACCGCUGGUCCCAAAACCGUAUGGGUCUAUGCCUUUCCCUUUUGGGCCCGUCGCUGCGGGAGAAAAGGAAUUUGCUAGCUCGCCCGUCGGCGGUGUAGCAGCCUGGCUAUCACCGAGGAGUCGCAAGGUCUCAGGCGAACCUAAUACUCCUGGGGAGAGCGAGUCCUUCCGGAGAGCAAACAUGUUGAAAGCGAGCGGAAUGAGACUGCUUGUUGCGCUACUUCUCGCCAGCGCGGCGGCGGCAGCGAACAACGAAAACUCUGAUAACAUCUGCGACUGCGAAUGUUGCGUGAAACCACAUCCAACCGACUGCACUGCAUACUAUUACUGUGAGCCUGGACAUGUUGCCGAAUACUUCACCUGCUCUGAAGGAUUAGUAUUCCAUCCUGACGUGCGCCAGUGUGUUCUUCAAGUCCAGUACCCUCAGUGUCAAAUAGAGAAUGGCGAUGAUGAUGAGUGUGACUUCACCUGCCCAGAACAAGAGGGAAUCUAUGCUCACCCGCGUGACUGCUCCAAAUUUGUAAAUUGUGCUAACUCACAACCAAGUACCACAAGCUGUCCACCAAACCUCCUUUUCAAUGCUGCUAAGAAGGUCUGUGACUGGCCUGAGAAUGUGCAGUGCACGUCUACGUCUGAUGCUGAAUGUGUACUUACAAUUGUGGAGACAGUCACUGAUGCCCCAGUAACUGGAAGUGGAAAUACUGAUGAGGGUAACACUGAUGACUGUAACUUUGUUUGCCCUGAAGUCGAAGGAAUGUAUGCUCAUCCUCGUGACUGCUCCAAAUUUGUAAGUUGUGCUAACUCACAGCCAAGUACAUCAAGUUGUCCACCAAACCUCGUUUUCAAUGCUGCUAAGAAGGUCUGUGACUGGCCUGAGAAUGUGCAGUGUGCUUGCUCACCAGAUGCUGAAUGUGUGCUUACAAUUGUGGAGACAGUCACUGAUGCCCCAGUAACUGGAAGUGGAAAUACUGAUGAGGGUAACACUGAUAACUGUAACUUUGUUUGCCCUGAAGUCGAAGGAAUGUAUGCUCAUCCUCGUGACUGCUCCAAAUUUGUAAGUUGUGCUAACUCACAGCCAAGUACCUCAAGUUGUCCACCAAACCUCGUUUUCAAUGCUGCUAAGAAGGUCUGUGACUGGCCUGAGAAUGUGCAGUGCACGUCUACAUCUGAUGCUGAAUGUGUUCUUACAAUUGUGGAGACAGUCACUGAUGCCCCAGUAACUGGAAGUGGAAAUACUGAUGAGGGUAACACUGAUGACUGCAACUUUGUUUGCCCUGAAGUCGAAGGAAUGUAUGCACAUCCUCGUGACUGCUCCAAAUUUGUAAGUUGUGCUAACUCACUGCCAAGUACCUCAAGUUGUCCACCAAACCUCGUUUUCAAUGCUGCUAAGAAGGUCUGUGACUGGCCUGAGAAUGUGCAGUGUGCUUGCUCACCAGAUGCUGAAUGUGUUCUUACAAUUGUGGAGACAGUCACUGAUGCCCCAGUAACUGGAAGUGGAAGUACUGAUGAGGGUAACACUGAUGACUGCAACUUUGCUUGCCCUGAAGUCGAAGGAAUGUAUGCUCAUCCUCGUGACUGCUCCAAAUUUGUAAGUUGUGCUAACUCACAGCCAAGUACCUCAAGUUGUCCACCAAACCUCGUUUUCAAUGCUGCUAAGAAGGUCUGUGACUGGCCUGAGAAUGUGCAGUGCACGUCUACAUCUGAUGCUGAAUGUGUUCUUACAAUUGUGGAGACAGUCACUGAUGCCCCAGUAACUGGAAGUGGAAAUACUGAUGAGGGUAACACUGAUGACUGCAACUUUGUUUGCCCUGAAGUCGAAGGAAUGUAUGCACAUCCUCGUGACUGCUCCAAAUUUGUAAGUUGUGCUAACUCACAGCCAAGUACCUUAAGUUGUCCACCAAACCUCGUUUUCAAUGCUGCUAAGAAGGUCUGUGACUGGCCUGAGAAUGUGCAGUGUGCUUGCUCACCAGAUGCUGAAUGUGUUCUUACAAUUGUGGAGACAGUCACUGAUGCCCCAGUGACCGGAAGUGAAGGUACAGCCGCACCGACAACAGCCGCACCGACAACAGCCGCACCGACAACAGCCGCACCGACAACACCCGCACCGACAACACCCGCACCGACAACACCCGCACCGACAACACCCGCACCGACAACACCCGCACCGACAACACCCGCACCGACAACACCUGCACCGACAACACCCGCACCGACAACACCCGCACCGACAACACCCGCAACUGAAUGUAACUUCAUCUGUCCAGAAAAUGGAUUUUAUCCUCAUCCACGCAAAUGCUCGCAGUAUGUUUCUUGUGCCAACUCAGUGGCUUAUGUUAAGCAAUGCCCAACUGGUCUUCAUUACAAUCCGGUAAGCAAGAACUGCGACUGGCCUCAGGAUGAAGGUUGCACUGAUGAUGAGGAAGCAUCCUGCACCUUGUCUAAUCCUGCAGCUCCACCAACACUUCCUAAUCCAAAUGAACAAAUCUGUGACUGCGAGUGUUGUCUGAAGCCUCAUCCAGAUGACUGUACAUCAUAUUAUUAUUGUGCACCUGGAGCCGAUGCUCAGUUCCAUGCCUGUUCAGAUGGUCUAGUGUUCCAUCCUGAAUUCAAGCAAUGCGUCCUUCAAACGCAGUUCCCUCAGUGCCAGCCAGAAGUACCACCAACAUGUGACCCAACUUGCGAGUGUGUUUAUCCAGCUGAAGUCUGUUCAGAGUAUUUCAAAUGUAACAGAGAAGGAACACCCAUCAAGCACGAAUGCACUGGAGGCCUUCUCUUCAAUGACAAAAUCCAUAGCUGUGACCUUCCUCAGAACGUAGAGUGUUCUGGAACUCGUCGCAAGAGAAGCCUCACAAACGACGGUGCUCCUCAACAGUACGUGACAGCUGAAGAAUGUAAGCAGCUGGAGGGCAAAUUCGCUGUGGAAGGCAACCCCAACGCCUACUACUUUUGCUCUCACGGUACUGCUCACCUCAUGCGCUGUCCCGACCUCGCUGUAUUCAGUUUCGCCGCUCAGGACUGUAUCUUCAUGAAAUAGAACCAACGGUGGAUUUUC